AUGAAAAGCUGCUUCCCUUGUUUUAAAAGAUGACACACAUUAUCUAAAACUAACCAUCAAUGGCAAACAAAAUAUCUUACGUUAAAAACGAUGACCCUGCGUUUAUUAAAGCAUUCAAACUGAAAACUGGAUACAAAGAGGGGCCUACGAUAGACACAAAGCGAGAGGAGCUAAAAAAGGAAGAGGAUGAUCGGUCGGACAAUGAGGAGGAACAGCCCACGGUUGUGGUACUGAAGAGUGGACAUCUGACAGCUGAGGAGGCACAGCAGCUGAAAGCCGCGGGAAAACAGGAGGAGGUGAUCACUGGAAGCGAUGUUACAGCUGAGGAUGAGGAUGAGCCUGAUAUCACUGGGAAGAUCUUGUUCAAGAAGCCGACCAAGAGAUCCGGGGACGUUGCCCAAUCAGAACUGACCAUGAGCUCCAGCAAGAAGACCAAACACACAAAAGAGGGCAAGACCAAACCCACUUCCAGUUCCAUGAAAACAAAAAAUGCCAGUCUGCUGUCGUUUGGAGAUGAUAGUGAAGAGGAGGAAGAUUCUUGACACAGUCUGUGUCCUCAGUGGAUUGACUGGCACUCAGGGAUUCUCAUGUCUGCAAACAAUACAUGAUGCACAAGAUACUAUACAUGUUUAGUAUCAGUUCCCUCUCAAUGUGACUCUUGGGCUGACAGUGGCCGAUUCUCAUGAAAUAUAAACAUGAUUGCUUCCUAGCUUGACUGUUGUUUUUGUUGUUUGUUUUAACAGUAUGGUUCAGUAUUGGUAUGGCCAUUACAGGUUGACUGUCCAAAUCUGAACAGUACACAAAUUCCUAGCAACUUUAAAAACAUGUGUUUAUUAACUGCAUGUGAUAGAUAAUUAGCUGAUCUAGAAUAAAAUUGUGAACCUGUACUUUGACAGAUGUUAACACAUUAUCCAAAGAUGUUGCAUUCAAAAAUUUUACUUACUACAAUAAAAGCUCUCCAAGAUAAUUGUGAACAACCUCAAAUAUUCGGAUUUGGGCUAUUAACCUGUUGUGCUUAACUUUUAUUGGUAUAAAUGAAAAUAAUAUAAAGAAAAAUAGUGCACAUAUUUUAGACUGGAAAACAGAGUGUUGGCACCCAUUUGCUGUUAUCAUGAUCAUGUUUCAACUUCCUUCUACAUAACCUAAACCGGGACAUUUUAGUAAGGAUGAGCAAAUAAAACAAAAGACAGUAGCCGGCUUUAUAUACCGUAUAAAACUUUUAUUAGGUCAUUAAUUAGAUAAUGAGCUUUUCCAUUUUAUUCAGCAGGAAAAGACAGUGGCCGGCUUUAUAUUUAACGUUUAUAAGGUCAUUAAUUAGAUAAUGAGCACUUCCAUUUUAUUCAGCAGGGUUAGCAAAUGAAAUUAAAGGGACUUAUUCGUUCACAUUUGAUAGGGUCAGACUUUGGAAAAAACAUUUUUUACAAUGAUGAGAAAAGAUCAUAUUAGAGAUCUUGUUAAUUAGUACUUCAAAAUGUGACAGAAAACGAUCUAGUUUGCCGAAAAGUGUCAGUAAUGCUAUUGAAGUUUGAUUUGUUUUGUGAAAUAUUUUUAUAUGCCUGUACUUUUUACUGCUAUAAAAUACCUAAGGAAAUAAAAGCAUUAAAAUCACCUGGCACAAAGAAUGUAGAAAAUACAUGUUUUUGUCAGUUCGGUGUGGCAGCUGUAAAACACAUUCAAUAUUUCGUCAACAGUUGCUGUUUUGUCUGUCUGCAGUUUUAAGUCCACUCCAUAAAUCCUCAACCGAUGGAGGACAUAAAAAUAAUUUGGCACUAAUGAUCACCAAAUCAUAUAAUGAAGAGCAAAAUGCAUAUUUCAUUCACUUACUGUUAAGGUCAAGGUCACCUUUAGGAGUCAAAUAGCCUUUUUUUCUGCCUGCUCCAUAACUCCUCUGAAGAUGGAAGGAUUGCAAAAUAACAAGUUGUUCACCCCAUUGAGCAGAUGUGCUGAGUGAAGGUUACAUCCACCUACCUUAGACGUUAAGAGUCACACUUUUGGUCGAAGACUAAAAAGUCAUUUUAAGUUGGUUUUCAUGUUGACUCCAUAAAUCUUAAACCCAUGAAAGGAUUUAAAAUAAUAUGGUAAGAAUGUUCGCAUCAAGCAGAUGUGCUGAGCAAAGAUUUCAGUUUUCACAGCAUUGAAACAACAUACAGAGUGUAUGUUCCAGCCACCUACCGUAAAUGUCCUAUUAAAUGUGCAUGUCCUAAUAGACUCCCAGAGGGUCUUUCCUGAGUUUAUUUUUCGAUUAUGUAACUUGACCAAUGCUUACCUGAACUCUAAACUUCAAAGAGAAAUGCAUUUUUUACUGUUGAAAAGCAUAUCAUCAGCUUAGGCUGCUAAUGUCAAGCAUAUAAACCCAUGCCCUAUCAUACAUUGUAUAAUUUCAUUCUAUAAUAAUCAUGUAAUUUAGGUUACACACCAGCAAUGAUGAUAACAGAGCAAAACAUUUAUCAUUAGUGCCGGAAGAUGCGUAUUGAAGCGACAUGAUCAGUGGACCAUUUUAUUGAUUUACACACCACGGGGCGUAUACAGCAAUGCUGUAGUCAACAUUGAUUGAUCAGUCACAGGCUUUCGAUUCCGCUUACCAUCCAGAUGAUGAGUAAUCGUGACAAUCCUAGUUGAUGCUUGAUAUUUAUGACUCUUUACAUGACUAAGCAUUGAGCUUGGCGGAUAAUAAAUUUUUGAUGAAUGGAUCUUAUUGAGCAAACUCUAAGGUUCUCAAAAACACUUGCACACAGUGUGUCUAAUAGGAAACUUACAGUACCUUAAUGGUAAAGGUCAAAGUUAAAACAGCCAUUUUCUGUACAUCCAUAGAAUUAUUUUGAUGUAAGGUGGCACAUAAUAAAAAAAUUAUGAUCGUCAGAGUUCCAGUUGGUAUUACUGUCAAUAAACCGUUUCAACCAGACUGAACCUGCUUUUUCCUUACGUUUGUAUAUCUUUUGUGGAUUGCUUUCAGCUUGACCUUGCAUCUAUGUACAUGUGCCAAAUCCUCUUAUGGCUUUGUUAAAAAACGUGGUUUAGUUGAAUUCCUUAGAUUCUAUAGUUGGUUGGAGGUCAUUUGUAGAUUUUUAUACAUGUUAAUAUUGGUCAAAUGUCUAGGGCACAGUUAUAACUUAUUAAUGCUGGUCAAAGGCUAACAUCUUUUUAAAGUAGUAGUUAAUUACUGAUUUAAGGGCUAUGACAAAGAUACAGAAUUGAUGAUGAUGAAAUUAAUUUCAAAGGCUUACAAUACUCUGUUAUGUGAAUAUUGGAUGCCUGAUGACCCCGGUAUCAUUUAAAAAGGUUUUUUAUAUUCCUAGAAAAUGUGUAAAAUUAUCUCCAAAAUGUACAUACAAGCUUUGUGGGCCAUUAAAGAUUACAAAAUAGGCUAUUUCAUGUCCUAUUUCAGUAAUUGUUAGAAUAAAGAACAUAGUGCCAAAUCUUUCAACAUGGCCAUAAUCUUCAAGAAUUUUGUGUGGAAUGUGAACAAGAUGCUUUAUUCAAUAAAAAACAUCAAAAGUU